GCGCUCAGACGAACGGCGCGCCCCUCCAUUCAUUGCCGAUCUGUACGCAACACUGGCACGACGUUGCCGCCGCGUUUGUUCUCUAACUUUUUAUUUCCAGUCAACUUUACUUUUAUUUCAAGUGAAAGUCUCGAAUAUUCAUAUUGAAAUCUCGAGCACAGUUUAAUUAUUAAAACCUUAAAAUUAGCACUAACCAACAAAGCUCGGAAUAGUAUACACGCGAAAUUGUUGAAACAGCUCUCGCUUGCAGUAAUUUCAUAUUCUUCAUACAUAGGGAUUUAUGAGAUCGUGAAGAUUGCAACAUCACUUUUAAACAGCAGACGACGUCAAAGGAACGAAAAUGUCGAAAAAACAUCUCCACAAUCAAGCCGCUAUACCGUUAGCUCCUGCAGUAUUCAAGAAACCUCAAAUGCGGCCGAUGAUAGCCGAGUAUGACCCAAAGAAAAAAGGAGUCAGGACUGACUUAUCAGAUGUCGUUAUGGUCAAGUAUAAAGUUGACCCUAAUGAAAUUCCGGUGGAACAACAGGCGGGGUCCACCCUGCCUCUUAUGGAAAUACCGGGACGGGACAUAGAGGCAGAUGAAGACUACAAUCCGUUUGAGCACCGAAAACUGGCGCACCCUACAUCAGAUCUGGAUACACUUAUCCAUUUACUGAAAGGGUCGCUCGGAAGCGGAAUUUUAGCUAUGCCCAUGGCGUUUUUGCACGCCGGCCUGUACGUGGGGCUGUUUGCCACGUUCCUCGUGGGAGGCAUCUGCACGUACUGCGUGCACGUGCUGGUGAAGACCGCGCACGAGCUGUGCCACAGGAUGCAGAAGCCUUCGCUGGGCUUCGCCGAGACGGCAGAGGCGGCUUUCUUGGCCGGGCCUCCGGCGGCACAUAAGUUUUCGAGACUAGCGAAAGCCAUGGUGAACUGGUUCCUUGUGGUGGACUUAUUAGGAUGUUGCUGCGUGUACAUAGUAUUUGUGGCAACGAAUGUUAAGCAAGUAGCCGAUUUUUACGCAAAGGGAACAGAAUGGCACGAUAUGGAUGUACGACUCUACAUGCUUGCGACUCUACCUUUUCUAAUUCUUAUUAAUCUCAUCAGAAAUCUAAAGUACUUGGCCCCGUUUUCUAUGAUUGCGAACUUAUUGGUCGGCUGUGGAAUGGGUAUCACAUUUUAUUACCUGUUUCAAGAAAUGCCUGAAUCCAGUGUACGUGAAAAUUUCGCUGGAUUCGACAAACUGCCGACAUUCUUUGGUACCGCUAUUUUCGCUUUAGAGGGCAUCGGUGUCGUGAUGCCACUGGAAAACAACAUGAAAACUCCCACUCAUUUCAUCGGCUGCCCUAGCGUGCUAAACAUUGGCAUGUUCUUUGUCGUAUCUCUAUAUGCUACCACUGGAUUUUUCGGAUAUCUGAAAUAUGGACCUGACACUCAAGGAAGCAUCACGCUUAAUCUUCCUCAGGAUGAAUUAUUGGGCCAGAGUGUGAAGCUGAUGAUCGCCGUAGCAAUUUUCUUUACAUACAGUCUGCAGUUCUACGUGCCUAUGGAAAUCAUCUGGAAGAACGUUCGCCAUCUGUUUGGCGCCAGGAAAAACCUCGCCGAGUACAGCAUAAGAAUAGGGAUUGUGCUUAUGACACUAGGCAUUGCCAUUGCCAUUCCUAAAUUAUCACCUUUUAUAUCACUUGUUGGUGCGGUAUGCCUGUCUUUCCUUGGUCUAAUAUUUCCGGCCGUUAUCGAAACUGUCACUUUUUGGGAUAGACCUAAUGGACUUGGCUUUUGCAAAUGGGUUCUGUGGAAAAAUAUGUUUUUGAUUUCAUUUGGGAUCCUCGGAUUUUUAACUGGUUCCUAUGUCAGUAUUUUAGAAAUUAUUAACGGUUGAGAUUCAUAUUCUAAUUAAGUAUAUAUAUUUAUAAAACUUAUUCGGUCUCACAACCGAGAAGUAAGAGUAUUUGUAUAAAAUGUAGUUGGAUAAGGACCAUUUGGAAUCACUUUUUGCUUUUUAUUUUAUAACUAUAGCUAUAAUUGAACGUAUGAAGUUACAUCGCCGCCUAAAGGGGCCCACUGAUUACCAGUCUGCCCGUUAAUAGCAAAAGGCCACACAAGUUCUCGUUCAGGUUUCGGCCUGACGGCUAACUCGAAUCGAGAGUGUGUGGCCGCUUGACGAUUCCGGCCAGCACCGACAGAUAUCGGCGGGACAGUCCGUGGUCUGUAAUAGAACUGUUAAUGUGUGGCCUGUUGCGAUUAACUGACAGGGUGAUAUCGCCCGGCGAACUGUUGCCGGCAGGCAAUAAUCACUUAGGGGCCCACUGAUUAACAGUCCGCCGGACGGUAUCGGCCUGUCAGUUAGAACAAAAUGUUGACAGUUCCGAACAACUGACAGGCCGAUACCGUCCGGCGGACUGUUAAUCAGCAGGCCCCUGUGUGUGGUCGUUACUGGCCUAGGACGGCAGGCUGCCCGAUAAGGCCAGAGACUGUAGGCGGACUGGUAAUCAGUAGGCCCCUUUAGCAAGCUUUUGUUCACGCAAAACAAGAUUUAAAAAAUACAUAUGAAACAUGAUAAAGUUAACCGUACCUAGUAAUCCUCUGGAUGUAAAAUUGAAGUUUGCAAGCACCGGAGGAUUGUUAGAAGAAGCAACUGAGCACGACCAUCUUGAUAUAAUGUAAAUUGGCGAUAGUAGCUUAUACAAUAUUUGAUAAAAAAAAAAUAUUAAAGAACCUUUCUUUUAGAGACAAGGUAAAAACAAUUGAAUGCAGGACUUAACACAAAGGUCUCUAGAACCAUCCCAUAAUAUAUGGAGGUAUGGAGAUACUGUUAAGAUCGUAUUAGUGCAUUUGACCACACUGCCCGAGUUCCUCUGGACUAGUGGACUACGGAGUAUUAUCCUCGACACGGAAUGACCGAUCGUUUGUUGGUGUAGGCCUUAUUGCAACAAGAAAGGACUACCAAUGGUCGUUACGUUGUGUCGCUGUAAGUAUGGCACGGUGUCUUGUGUUUACUAUGAAGCAUUAUUCCUUAGCUCCGAAUCUCUGUAGCCAUGUAGGUUUAAAACAACUGUAGAUAAUUUUAUAUGAACGUGUGAGAAUUUUCUAGUGCAUUAAUGAAAUGUGAUACAUUUAGGUUAAUGAUAACCCCUUAUUAAACUUGCUUAAAAUAAGCAAAAAAUAUAUUUUCUGAUGUACCUAGAUAAAAACAAGCAGGUGAUGAUAACCACUGCAUUGCCUUUUAAGAUAAUCGAAAUUAUGCAAAAUAUAAUUAGAUGUUGGUAUUAGUUCAAAAAUCAUAAUUCAAAAUAUUUUGUGAUAGUGUGAAUGCAUUUUCAUUAGGGUACAAUGAGUGCUUACUAAAGAAGAGAUUUAUAAUUGACUUUUAUAAGGCGAUUGAAAGCAUUUAAAUAAUAUCUUACAAAGCGAAUACCUUAGAUGUUGUUGAAACUAUCUGUAACUUUAGUUAAGGUCAAUGUGGGAAGGCCGUCAUAGGGUAAGAACUCGUAUUUUUUUUUUGUAUACGUACGUACGUUGCUCAGUCACAGUAAGAAAGGAAGACCUUCACUUCUUCUGCUCUACCCACCUUCUGUGUGGAGUGUGUACAAACGCAAGAGUUAAACUUAUAGACGGUCUUCCCUUUAUAGACGGUAUUCUCCAAAUUGGCCUUAACUCUGUUGAAAUGAUGAAUGUAACCUCCAGAGUCAUAAGCCAUUUAUUAGUAGAUACACCGCAGAGAAUAUCCCUCGCCUUUGAACCUAAGUACCUAUUUAACUCUUAUGGUGCGACUCUGCUUAAUCGGGCACGUCUAAAUAAUUGAAAUAGGCACAACGGAGCACAAAAUUAGAUAACAUUUUGAUAAGAGACCUGUAUUCAUUCAAGUCGCAAGGAACACUCGAAGCCCGAGUCUGACUCGUGCUUGCCCAGUUAUUGUGUUUUUUAAAGUUGUAGGGUCAAGCAUAGUUUAUACUUGUAUUUAUUAUUAGUUUGAUAAUUCACAAUAUUAUUGACAUGUUCCUAAUAACCAGCAGAUUUAAUAGCACAGGUACCUUUUAUAACAUCUAUACCUGGAUAACUACUCUAAAUAUGUCUUGUGGUACGGUCAGCCAAGAAAGUGGUCUACCACUUUCGACCAGAUGAUACACCAGACCAGACUUUUUCAAUCAGAUGAUAGAGUCGAAAAGUGGUAGACCACUUUCUUGGCUGACUGUACCCACUCUUCACAUUGCCAGAAAUACGAGAGCCGAUCUGAAAUUUGCUAGCUACUCCGGCGCUACUCAUGAAAUGGCAAUAUUAUUUAAUUAAACAUUUAUUAGGGAUAUUUCGAUGCUAUGUAUUGUCAAAGGUAUUUCCAUGAAAAAUAUUUUAACUAAUGCGAAAAGUUCUUUAUAGUCUGGCAAACCCAAUUUGUCAGUAAAUAAAAAGAAAAUAAACUAUAAAAUAAAAUAAAUAAAAAUAAAAUAAAAAUCAUUUAUUGCAGAUCAAUGAUCCAUAUAAUAUCCAUAUAAUGAAAAGAAAAUAAACUAUACUCAUGCCUAAACAAAUAGCUAACUAUACAAAUGCGAAAAGUAGGAAAUUUGAAACGAGUUGAUGGCGUUAAAUCCACAACCAAAGGGAGUUGCGAAUUAUCUAUUCGCACAAGUAUCGUCCAACGUUUUACAGUAUACCUACAUACAUAUGGCCCUUUAAAUUUUCUUCAUAUUUAGUCUCGUAAUGUGCUAAUUACCGUGCUAGUACCACAGUACUCCCUUCGGUCAUAUUUUAAUUUAUCGCCACUCGUUUCGCCUAUUUUCGCAUUUCUGGUACAAAUUCUAUUCGAAUCGCAGCUACUGCAGUGUAGCUAAGAAGCUAAUAACUUUCAGACCGGCCCUCGUAAAAGUAGCACUUAAUGUCGGUAAUAAACAGCGUUGUGAUGGCCCUGUUGGUUUUGUUUUGUAAGUAAAUUGUAUUUUUAAAUCCUACCGAGGCAGUCAUUUUGGCGAUUUUAGGGCGUAGCCUUUUUGAUAUACAGAUAUAUUCACAAGAACAGCAAACUAGUUCCGUACGUCUAUGAAAACAUUGACAAUUAUUACUAUGUACCUACCUACUAUUAGUUCGUUCUUUUAGCAUUAGAAAUAAGGUAAACAAUCUUGAUGUGUCUUUUUAUUGAAAAACACGUUUUAAAAAUAAGUCACGUUAAUAUGUAACAAUUAUGAAUCUAAUACGAUCAUUUAUAUUCUUCUGCUUUUAUAAGUAAUAGUUAUUGAUUUUUAAAAAGCGUUAUUCAAUUAAAAGACAUGUCAAGAUCGCUUAUACCUUCUUUAUAAUGCAAAAAAAAACGAACUAUAAUCUCGCGCCACCUAUUACCGGUAUACAGCGAGCUGCAAAAUAGCAGACUCCAUUUUUGAAUGAAUUCCAUUCAUAAAGUAAAUUUGCGCUUUUGCAGCUGUGAUUACCUACAAUUGUCCAGUCAGCAGCAGAAGUUGCUAAGCGAGCCAUGUGUUCAAAAUGAUCUUGACGCGACUCUAUUGUUAAGAGAAUAAGACCGUGCCUAGGUAAUUUUGAACACCUCGCCCGCUUGGCAACUUCUGCUGCUGACUGUACCUACAUACCAAGCGAGUAACAGUUUUUGUAAAUUAUUAUAGGUACCUACCUACACGACUUGAUCAUUAUUUUGAAUGUCCACUAAGUAUUAGUUAUUUCUAACCUUUUAUCAUUCAAAUGUCAAAUCGAAAUUGAAAUUAAUUUCUAUAUGAGUCUCUAUUAUCAUUAUCAUCAUCUUCCUGACGCUAUCCCGGCUUUUUGCCACGGCUUAUACAGACUGUAUUAUAAUUAACAAAUUAACUGUAUUCAGAAAUAUUGUAGGUACUUAAUUGCCAUUUUGUACCAUUCUUCGCGUAUCUGUUAAUAGUGUUAAUGUUUGCUAGCGACUGAUGAAAAUAGAUAAAAACAGCAGUCUGUCUGUGUCUGUAGUAAUGUUUUCCUGUGUAGAUAAUGAGAAGAAGAUAUAAUAAUGUUGUACGUGUUUUGUCGGAAGCGUAGGCACCUAAACAUCUGUAUUCCCAUCAUACUGUUUUAUUUUUUCUUAAGAUUAUCAUUGAGUUAACUUUUAUUACUACCUACUUUAGAAAAUUUUAAGCAUAUUGGUGAUUUAUUAUUGUGUAUUGUAGACUCAUCUUGAUACUUGUCAAAUGUAUACCUAUUAGUUAUCUGUAAAGGAAAUCAUUCCUAAGUUCAUUGGUAUGAAUUACCGAUUUUAGAUUAUAAUGGUUGUUUUGUUACAGUAUUAAAAUAUACGAGAUUUAAGGAAUAA